CGCGUGAAAUAUCAACCACCCAUCUCUCUCUAAUCUCUUCGUCCCAUUUCUGUUUCAUUUUUCUUUGUUUUCACAUUUAAACCACAUUCCUGCUUCUGGGUUACACACAGAAAUGGCUUCUCUACCGUACGGAGUCUCGAAUCUAUGCAGAAGCCAAGAGGUUCCAUCUGCAGCUCUACAAAUUCGUCCGAUUCGGCGUCAAAUACCAGGAGGAUUCAGAGCUGCGAAGAAAUUUUCAUAUAGAUUCGAGGGACAUGGAUUGUCAUCAUCAGUAGAAAGGAGGGAUAAGAAACAAAGAAUGAGAUGUACAGUGAGCUCAAACUCUACUGAAACUGAAGAGGAUUCUGCCACAAAGACCAAGAAGACGCCGUUUGGAUACUCGAGGAAGGAUGUUCUGUUGAUUGGAGUGGGAGUGACCGCACUUGGAAUCGGGCUAGAGAGUGGACUUGAGUAUGUGGGAGUAGAUCCGUUGCAAGCAGGUAAUGCUGUACAGCUGAUACUGGUUUUAGGCUUGACAUUGGGUUGGAUAUCGACUUACAUCUUUAGAGUCGGUAACAAGGAGAUGACUUAUGCUCAGCAACUUCGUGACUACGAGUCCCAAGUCAUGCAGAAACGGUUGGAGAGCUUAUCGGAGGCGGAGUUAGAGGCUUUGAUGGAACAGGUUGAUGAAGAGAAGAGACAGGUUGAGUAGAUUCUCCUCCAUUGUUCCAUCACCUGCAAAAUUAGUAAAAGAAGAAUCACAGCACAGGUUUUCUAAGUAGUAGUUUUUUCAGAAAAUAUUUUGAUUUUCUUUCUUGUUCCUCAUGUGGGUUGUAUGAUUCACAAAAAAAUACAAAUCAAAGAAUAUGUUGAAACGGUUGAAGGAA